GUCCGCGGCUCCGCGCAGGCGGCGCCCGCGCCUCCGCUCCCCGGCCAGCCCGCGCGCUCGUCCGCCCGCCCGCCCGCCGGAGCCGCCUCCCGCCGCCGCCGCCGCCGCAGACUCGGCGGCGCCGCUGCUUGCCCUCCAGUUCUGCCCGUUGCUGCAAAACAGCAAGAGAAAGAAAUCAAGGAGCCACUCCUGUCAUUGACCAGAUAACCCCACUGGGGUCAAUAGACAGACGGAGUUCCCAGGGGAAAAGCUGCCGCCAUCAGAGGAUAAAACACUUUGGACAGCUUUUACCUUAACGCUGACCUGGAAGACUUUGACACCUGGUUACAAGUUUGCUUCUUGAGAGAGAGAGAGAGCGUGCACAAGUACCGGAAGGGCAGAGAGAGAGGAAGAGAGAGAGAAUACCAAGCAGGCUCUGCAUUGUCAGCCUGGAGACCAAUGUGCAUCUCGAACUCACAGUGAGAUCAUACCCGGAGCUGAAGUUGGACGCUUAUCCGACUGAACCACCCAGCCGCCUCAUGGCAUUUCUUUAGUGAAAUCAAACCUGAUUCAUGAAAUGGAACUGAAGCUGAAAACUCAUCUACUUCUUUGUCUGUGAAUUGGAGACACGACUGGGAUGGUCUUAAGCGCAUACAACUAGACUCCAACUGCAGCUAUGAGUUCAGACGAGAAGGGCAUAUCCCCUGCUCAUAAAACAUCCACUCCAACCCACAGAAGUGCCUCUUCUUCAACACCCUCCCAUAGGGACAGUCGGCAGAGUAUCCACGUCUUGGAGAGGACUGCUUCCUCCAGCACCGAACCCUCUGUAAGUCGGCAGUUGCUAGAACCGGAGCCCGUCCCCCUCUCCAAGGAAGCUGACAGCUGGGAAAUUAUAGAAGGGCUGAAAAUAGGCCAAACCAAUGUCCAGAGACCAGACAAACAUGAAGGCUUUAUGCUGAAGAAAAGAAAAUGGCCUUUAAAAGGCUGGCACAAGCGGUUUUUUGUCCUGGAUAAUGGCAUGUUAAAGUAUUCCAAGGCACCACUCGAUAUUCAAAAGGGGAAGGUCCAUGGAAGCAUUGAUGUUGGACUCUCGGUCAUGUCAAUUAAAAAGAAAGCUCGGAGAAUAGACCUUGACACAGAAGAGCAUAUCUACCAUUUGAAGGUGAAAUCCCAGGACUGGUUUGAUGCAUGGGUCUCCAAAUUGCGCCAUCAUCGAUUGUAUCGGCAGAAUGAAAUUGUCAGAUCACCAAGAGAUGCUAGUUUUCACAUAUUUCCUUCAACCUCCACAGCUGAAUCCUCACCAGCUGCUAAUGUUUCUGUUGUGGAUGGAAAGGUGCAAGCAAACAGCUUUCCAUGGCAGUCCCCUUUACCGUGCAGCAACAGCCUCCCCGCUACCUGCACGACCGGCCAGAGCAAGGUGGCAGCCUGGUUACAGGACUCGGAAGAAAUGGACAGGUGUGCAGAAGACCUUGCACACUGCCAGUCAAACCUUGUGGAACUUAGCAAACUCCUGCAAAAUUUGGAAAUACUUCAGAGAACCCAGUCAGCACCUAACUUUACUGACAUGCAGGCUAACUGUGUAGAUAUUUCAAAGAAAGACAAGCGGGUCACAAGACGAUGGAGAACAAAAAGUGUCAGCAAAGAUACAAAAAUACAACUGCAGGAAGGGCCAUCUGCGAAGGGCCAGUUCAGCACCACUCGGCGCCGGCAGAGGCUAGCGGCAGCAGUGGCUACAACAGUCCCUUUCAGUGCUACCAUGUCGCCAGUUCGCUUGCAUUCCUCCAACCCCAACCUGUGUGCAGAUAUCGAGUUUCAGACUCCCCCUAGUCACCUCACAGACCCUCUGGAAAGCUCAACGGAUUAUACAAAGCUUCAAGAAGAAUUUUGUCUAAUUGCACAGAAAGUGCAUUCUCUUUUGAAGUCUGCAUUUAAUAGCAUAGCUAUAGAGAAGGAGAAGCUUAAGCAAAUAGUUUCGGAACAGGAUCAUAAUAAAGGCCACAGCACGCAAGUGGCACGGCUCCGGCAGUCACUGUCUCAGAGUGAAGGAGCAAGCAAAUCCUGGGCACUCAACCAGAAUGCUGAACUAAGAAGUCGGUUGAACAGAAUACAUUCAGAAUCUAUUAUUUGUGAUCAGGUUGUCAGUGUAAAUAUUAUUCCUAGCCCUGAUGAGGCUGGUGAACAAAUCCAUGUCAGUCUCCCCCUGUCGCAGCAGGUAGCCAACGAAAGCCGCCUGUCCAUGUCAGAGUCUGUCUCCGAGUUCUUUGAUGCCCAGGAGGUGCUGCUCUCUGCAAGUUCGUCAGAGAAUGAGGCUUCAGAUGAUGAGUCUUACAUCAGUGAUGUGAGUGAUAAUAUAUCUGAAGACAACACCAGUGUUGCAGACAACAUUUCUCGGCAAAUCUUGAAUGGGGAGCUUACAGGAGGGGCCUUCCGAAAUGGACGUCGAACAUGCCUGCCAGCUCCCUGUCCUGACACCAGUAACAUUAACCUGUGGAAUAUCUUGAGGAACAACAUUGGUAAAGACUUGUCUAAAGUCUCCAUGCCUGUGGAGCUGAAUGAGCCACUCAACACGCUGCAGCAUCUCUGUGAGGAGAUCGAAUACAGUGAGCUUCUGGACAAGGCUUCAGAAACUGAUGACCCCUAUGAGCGCAUGGUUCUUAUUGCUGCAUUUGCAGUUUCAGGAUAUUGCUCCACCUAUUUCAGAGCAGGAAGUAAGCCAUUCAACCCUGUCCUUGGGGAGACUUAUGAAUGCAUUAGAGAGGACAAGGGAUUCCGAUUUUUCUCAGAACAGGUUAGCCACCAUCCACCCAUUUCUGCCUGUCACUGUGAAUCCAAGAAUUUUGUGUUUUGGCAAGAUAUCAGAUGGAAAAACAAGUUCUGGGGGAAGUCGAUGGAAAUCCUGCCUGUUGGAACACUGAAUGUCAUGCUUCCCAGGUAUGGAGAUUGCUAUGUAUGGAAUAAAGUCACCACAUGUAUACAUAAUAUUCUCAGUGGGAGGAGGUGGAUAGAGCAUUAUGGAGAAGUAACCAUUAGAAAUACCAAAAGCAGUGUUUGCAUUUGCAAACUCACAUUUGUUAAGGUGAAUUACUGGAAUUCUAAUGUGAAUGAAGUCCAGGGGGUUGUAAUGGAUCAGGAGGGGAAGGUGGUGCACCGGCUAUUUGGGAAGUGGCAUGAAGGGCUCUUCUGUGGCGUGGCCCCUUCUGCCAAGUGCAUCUGGAGACCAGGUUCCAUGCCAACCAACUAUGAACUCUACUAUGGUUUCACAAGGUUUGCUAUUGAGCUCAAUGAGUUAGAUCCUGUGCUGAAAGAUCUCCUUCCACCAACAGACGCCCGAUUCCGGCCAGAUCAGAGGUUUUUGGAAGAAGGAAAUUUAGAAGCUGCGGCAGCAGAGAAGCAAAGAGUAGAGGAGCUGCAGAGAUCACGCAGGCGCUACAUGGAAGAAAACAACCUUGAACAUAUACCAAAAUUUUUUAAAAAAGUUAUUGAUGCCAAUCAAAGAGAAGCCUGGGUUUCUAAUGAUACCUACUGGGAGCUGCGAAAGGACCCUGGGUUUAGCAAAGUAGACAGUCCUGUUCUUUGGUAAACUGGGAAUGUAGAGCUAGCCAACAUAUCACGCUCUGAAUGAAUAAAUAACUAUGCACAAUUAUGUUUCCUAGAGCUCCGCGUGGUUUCUGGGUCGACUGAAAACCGACCAUUUGCUUUUCUAUUCAUCUUUAUAAUGGACUUUCAGAAGUGCAUUAGACAAGGCCCCUAACCACUUUUGGAUCCUUUCUGUUUUGCUGCAACCAUAUCCCUUAAAAAACAUCCACGCCCUCCUUGAAAAGCAGAAAAAAAGGAGCAGAAUAUAAAAUCCAAAGUCUGAAGUGUCUGUGAAGAAAACAAACUGUAACUGGUGCUUAAAGCUGAUCCAGAGAGUUAAAAGCAACGUGACGUCUAAACCACGCGUUUGGUCCUUUGUCUGGAAGCACCAUCCCGUCCUCAGAGAAGCUCCCGGGCCAUGGCAGCUGGUCAGCUCAGACUUCGAGUGUGUCUAUUUGAUGUGGUGUACUUGUGCUGACCUUGUCAAAAAAGAUGUGAUACUUCUCAGAACCUGUUCCAUCUGUACGCCAUUGUUCAUGCCUUAAGAAAUGCAAAGAUGUACAAUAAAUCAUUUUUUAAAUGUGUGCUCCUAGGUUUAUGUGAAGGACAGCUCUUUUGAAUCAUGGCAUGAUUCACUUUCUGGGAUCAGAACAAUUAGGAGACUAACACGUGGAUUUUUGCAAAGUAAACGACACAUGCUUUACUUUGAUCUGUCGGCUACUGUAUCAUAUAUCCGAAGGGCAAGAAGGAAAAGGUGUGCUCAGUAGAUCUCUGUAUUCACAUUGCUCGUCAAGUUCCUGUCCUGCCACCCGAAUAAACCCUCUUCGACCUAA